UUCUCUUUAGCCGCCAUGAAAAUCAAUGGAGCAAAAGCUGGCCCUUACCUUGCAGAAGUGCAAAACAAUCAGACAUUUGAAACAGACCCAUCUUCAAAUACUCGUCAAUGGCUUCAAAGAUAGCAACUUUUUAGCAACCAAGCUAAUGCCACUCUGCUCGGAUUUCAUCUCUCUUGAAUACGCAAACAAACUUUUCCAAUGUUUACCGGAGCCGAAUCUCAUCUCUUACAAUACUUUGAUAAGAUGCUCGAUCGGAAAGUCCGAUACGAUUGCAGCCUCUGUUUACAAUACAAUGCGCAGGCUGGAUGUUUUGCCGAACAGUUUCACUUUCACGUUUUUGCUCGGCUGUUUCGAGUCAUUUCGUAAGUUUCAGUAUGGUGAAAUGGUGCACGGUCAUGUUUUGAAGAUGGGUUUCCUGUCUAGUCUGUUUGUUGUGAACACCCUUUUGGAUUUUUACGCCAAGUGUGGCGGAAGUUUGGGGUUUGUCAGGAAGAUGUUCGACGAAAUGCUUGAGAGAGAUGUUGUUUCGUUUAACACGAUGAUAAGAACAUAUAUGAAUUACGGGGAGAUAGAUUCCGCAAUCAGGCUGUUCGAAUCGAUGCCGGAAAGGAACUUGGUGACUUGGAAUACUGUCGUUUCAGGGCUUGUGAAAGGCGGGAAGAUGGAAUUGGCUAACAAGGUGUUUGAAAGUAUGCCGAACAGAAAUAGUGUUUCUUGGAAUGCAAUGAUCUCGGGUUACAUUAAGAAAGGAGACUUGAGAAGUGCGAAGAAUGUGUUCGACGAAAUGCCCGAGAGAAGUGUGGUUUCUUGGACCACCAUGGUUUCAGGUUAUGCAAUGGCAGGUGAUAUCGAAUCAGCUCGGAGAAUAUUUAAUCACAUGCCCGUAAAAACUGUGGUCUCGUGGAAUGCCAUGAUUGCUGGCUGUGUUAAUAGCCACAUGUUCGAUGAAGCUCUUUCGGUGUUCCAUCACAUGUUAAUUGAUGGAAAAUGCAAACCCGAUCAGACGACUUUAAUCAGCGUUCUUUCUGCAUGCACACACUUGAAUUCACACGAGCACGGGAAAUGGAUCGAGUCCUACAUCAGAAAGAACAGAAUCGAGCUUUCCCUUCCACUCGGAAAUGCAUUGAUCGACAUGUUUGCAAAAUGUGGAGAUCUUGAAAACGCGAAAAUUAUUUUUCAAAAAAUGUCGAAAAAAUGUAUAAUCACUUGGACGAUAAUGAUAUCUGGCUUAGCUGUAAACGGGCACAGCCGAGAAGCAUUGAAACUGUUCGACAGCAUGUGUUUGGAAGGUAUCGAACCAGAUGAUGUCAUCUUUAUUGCAGUUCUCUCCGCUUGCACACAUGGAGGAUUGGUGGAAGAAGGGGAAAGAAUAUUCCAUCAAAUGGUGCAUAAAUUUGGCAUCGAACCUCGUAUAGAGCAUUACGGCUGCAUGGUGGAUAUUCUUGGUCGAGCUGGAAGAAUCGGAGAAGCUAUGAGGUUUAUAAAGACUAUGAAUUUAGAGCCUAAUGCUGUUAUUUGGGCAACUUUACUAUCUGCGUGUAGAAUCCGUGGGAAUAAGAAUUUGUUGGAGUCGUCUUUGAUCAUCGAGAAGAUAUUGGAACAAGAGCCUAAUAAUCACAGUUAUUUGAAAUUGAUUACGAAUUUACGAUCAUCGGUUGGUCAACGGUUAGAUGAGGUGGACUUCCGAUUAGCGAAUCGAAACCAGGGAACAGAAAAAGUACCGGGAUGUAGCUCUAUCCAAGUUGGAGAAAGUGUGCAUGAAUUUGUUGCAAAAGAUACUAGCCAUCCACAAAGAGGGGAGGUUUACGGAGCUUUAAGGAGUUUAAAUAAACAUAUGAUGAUUACAUAGAAUUGUUUGUAUUGUUUUGGUUGUUGAGUUAUUGCUCAUUUAUCAAUAAAGACACAAAUUAGUACCG